AUAACUCACUCUGCGCCCUGACUCAUUACGGGGCAGACGAGGCUAUUGGCAGAUAGUUGGGCUGCAAACAGUUAAAUCCAGUCUGGGCCCCGUUAACUGUAUUUGCAAAGGAUUAUAGUACCCCGAAGGCUUUUUGUCCGGGGUUUCCACAACAACCAGUACGCUACCGGAUGUGAUGUAUAAUAUCCGUACCAGUACCGGAAGCAGCUGCAUGAUAGGACUUGUCUGUCAUGGAGAAGUUCAGCGUCCCCGAGAACGUCCUGGCUUUCCUGCAGGAGGUGGAGGGGAGAGCGGAGGACGUGCUGGGGGAUAGGCGGCAGAUCGUGGAUCUGGACGUUAAACGGAAUCAGAACAGAGAAGCUCUGAGAGCGCUGUCCAGAGAUGCUGCCCCCGGAGCGGUGACCGUCUGCUUUGGGAAUAUGUUCAUAAAGCUCCCUAAAACUAAAACCAAGGAAAUGCUGGAGCGAGACCAGAAGCAGCUGGACGAGGAAAUCGGAAAACUCCGCAGCGGCCUAAAAGCCAAAGUGAACCAAUUAUACGAGGCGCAAGGUAAACCGGAAUUAAAAGGCUUCGAUCUGACGCCCCUGAGCCCGCAAGAAAUCAACGCAGUUAAGAAAGUGCUGGGAGAGUCUCGCUGAGCGGCCGGCAAAUUCUUUCUCUGGGAGCCGCACGCCGUUCGUUGGAUGUAAGAUCCCCUCCCCCGCUCAGCAGUGAGAUGGAGAUUAAUGUUCAGCGCAAAUAGGAUUUAAUUAACCGCCGCGUAUCGCUGAGGUCCAUGCGUGGCUGCGGGUUCUGGUGCAGAACGUUUUAUGUCCCUUUUUAACUGGUUUACAUAGACCCUCCUCUCUCUCGCACACUCACUCACUCUCUCACAGUAAUGAAGAGUCCAGCAAGUCAGAGGAAAAAUAUUUUUUUAUUAGUUUUUGGUAAAAAUAGAUGAAUGUAAAAUAAACAAUAAAAAUACAUCCAUUGGAAA